CUUAAGUAAUUCGUCUUUAUCAAAAUCCAAUAUUGGACAAAUGGUUAGUCUUCUUGCCAACGAUAUCAUCAAAUUUUAUUACAAUUUGUUUUCCAUGGCAUACGUCAUUGCCAAUCCUCUCAUAGUCAUUGUUACGGUAGCUAUAUUGUGGCAGUAUUUCAAGUGGACAAUUCUACCUGGAAUAUCAGUAGUGUUUGUUUACGUUUCCAUACAGUUUUUACUAGGAAAGUUGUACUCGAAACUAAGAUUAAAAACGGUUAAACUGGGAGAUGAAAGGUUGAAUCUAUUAAACGAGAUGAUUGCUGGUAUGAGAUUAAUUAAAAUGUUUACUUGGGAAAAGCCAUAUGCUUCAUUAAUUGAAAAUACCAGAAAGAAAGAAGUAAGAAACGUCAAAGCUUCGUUAUACAUUCGCGGGAUAUCAUUUGCAUUGGCAUACUCUUCUUCGAAAUUGUUCUCCUGUAUUACUUUCUUGACGUUUUUCUUCACCGGAGGCCAGUUGACCUCCCAAAUGGUAUUCGUCAAUAUGAUUCUAUCAGUUUGUAUCUUCAGAAGCAUUUUUUCUACCUUUUCCAUGGCGGUCACUCAAUUUGCAGAAAUUUUUAUUUCUCUGAAGAGAUUGCAAGAAUUUUUACUACUACAAGAGAAAGAUAAUGGCGCAAUUACAAUUGAAAUGGAAAAACCGAAGCUAAUUAGUAAUGGGAUAUGGAUGAAGAAUAUUACUGCUGCAUGGAAUAAAAAUGGGGAUCCAACGUUGAAAGGAAUAUCAUUAAAUGUAAAGCCGGGAGAAUUGUUAGCUGUUGUUGGUUCUGUUGGAUCUGGAAAGGAAACUAUUUUAACUCCAAUUCAAGCCUACUUAUUAGGAUUAUUAGUAAAUUAUUUUGAUCAUAGAUCGCAAGAGAACCAUCUCUCUGGAUAUUUAUCAGCUACAGGAUUUUGUGUUCUAUCAAUGAUGUUUGCCUUUACAGGACUGUCACAUUUUAUUUUAUCGGAAGUAUUAGGCAUGAAGAUAAAGAUAGCGUUAUCUACCGUUAUAUACGGAAAGAAUGGGGAUCCAACGUUGAAAGGAAUAUCAUUAAAUGUAAAGCCGGGAGAAUUGUUAGCUGUUGUUGGUUCUGUUGGAUCUGGAAAGACAUCUUUGUUGAUGUCAAUCUUAAGAGAAAUUCCUAUUUCUUCCGGAGAAUUAUCAGUAAAGGGGAAAAUUGCGUAUGCGUCUCAAGAAGCAUGGUUAUUCUACGGAACAAUUAGAGAAAAUAUAUUGUUCGGCGAGACCUUUCACGAAGAAAAAUACAGAAAAAUACUGCAUAUAACGGCACUCGAAAAGGAUAUUAAUUUAUUCUCCAAAAGAGAUCUAACACGCGUGGGCGAAAAAGGAGUGAUAAUGAGCGGUGGCCAAAAAGCUAGAAUCAAUCUAGCCAGAGCAUUGUAUCUGGAUGCAGAUAUAUACAUUCUCGACGAUCCGCUGAGUGCUGUGGAUACUCCAGUAGCGAGUCACAUAUUCGAAAAGUGUAUAAUGGAAUAUUUAUCCGAAAAGAUUUGCAUUCUUGUUACCCAUCAUGUUCAUUUCUUAAAAUUUGUAAAUAAAAUUUUAGUACUGAAAGAGGGAAAAUGUCAAGCGAUAGGCGAUUAUAAUAAAAUUAUAAACUCGGGAAUAAAUAUGGGAAUUUCAGCAAAAGACGAAAGCUCCAUCGAAAACGAGAAGGAAUUUUCCAGUAAAACUUUUGACCACAAAGAAUUAAGUGUUUGUAGCGUUGAAAAGGCUGCUGCUGUUGAUGACGCUGUAAAAGAAAAUGAAAAAACAUCAAAAGAAAUAAAAGAAAAACGAUUUGGAUUAUAUUUGUAUAAGGCUUACGUGAAUGCGGGAGCGGGAUUCUUCUUCAAAAUGACGAUGAUCUUUAUGCUGGUUGUAUCGCAGGUUGUUUUACAAGGCAGCGAUUUUUGGCUGAGUAAAUGGAUAAAAGACGAAACAGAUUAUUACGAAAAUUUAACAAGAAAUUUUAAUGAUUCUAAAGCCGAAUAUAUCCUGGAAAGUCGUCAAAUUAACGUGUACGUUUAUUGCGCUCUGAUCCUCGCAUCCUUCGUCUUUACAGUUAUUUCAGUUUCGUUAUUCUACGAAAUGUCCAUCGCCGCAUCCAUCAAUCUUCAUAAGAAUAUGUUCCGUUGCAUCAUCCGUGUUCCAAUAUCUUUCUUGGAUACGAAUCCCAUUGGAAAGAUAUUGAACCGAUUUUCGAAGGAUAUUAUGAGCGUGGACGAAAUGUUAUCGUUUGUGUUUCAAGAUGUAACACGAAAAGCUGCCAAUCUUCUGAGCAUGAUCGUCGUUCAAGCUAUCAUCAGUCCUUAUCUACUAAUAUUUUCUUCGGUCAUAUCGGUUAUAUUUUAUUUUAUAUGGACUAUCCACAACCGAGUAUUAAAAAGCUUAAAACAAUUGGAAGGAAAAUCGAGAAGCCCCGUAUUUUCUCACCUGAGCGCAUCGCUUUACGGAGUAACAACUAUCAGAGCUUUCGAGGUGGAAAACAACUUCAAAAAUGCAUUUAACAAUUACCAAGAUAAGCACACCGCCACGUGGUUCCUUUACGUGGCCUUAAAUGGUUGGAUUGCCGUUUGGGGUUAUCUAAUUUGUUUCUUUAAUCUCGUAAUUAUUGUUGUUAUAUUGAACGUCGUCAUGACCUCAGACAAUUCAGGAAGCAUGGUGGGACUAGCAUUAACUUAUGCGAUAUUGAUAAUAAUGAGUUAUCCGUGGCUGAUUAGACAAGCUUCCGAAUUGGAUUAUCAGAUGAACUCCGUUUCACGCAUAUUGAAUUACAGUAAAUUAAAAUCGGAAGCGGCGUACGAAUCUCCUCCCGAUAAACAAUUGCCCGCAGAGUGGCCCGAUAAAGGAGAAAUCGAUUUCGAUGACGUUUCCUUGCAAUAUUCCAAGGACAAAAACACGGUUUUAAAUAACAUAACGUUCCACGUUAACCCGGGAGAAAAAAUAGGAAUUGUUGGACGAACGGGAGCGGGUAAAAGUUCCUUAACAGCGUCCUUGUUCCGUAUGACAGAACCCACGGGAAAAAUCACCAUCGACGGAAUUGUAACUAAAGAUAUUGGACUUAGGGAUCUAAGAAGAAAAAUUUCCAUAAUUCCUCAAGAUCCAGUAUUAUUUAACGGUCCACUACGCAGAAACAUCGAUCCUUUUAAUGAAUAUUCGGAAGAGAUGUUGUGGCAAGUAAUGGAAGACGUACAGUUAAAAGAAGUUAUUGAUAAAUUACCCGGCGGAUUGGAUACAAAUUUAACAGAAGGAGGUCGCAAUUUCAGUGUUGGUCAAAAGCAAUUGAUAUGUCUCUCCAGGGCAAUUCUUCGUCAGAACAAAAUUCUUGUAAUGGACGAAGCAACCUCGAAUAUUGAUAAUUUGACCGAUUCGUUAAUACAGAAAAUCAUACGAGAGAAAUUUCUCACUUGUACAGUAUUAACUAUAGCUCAUAGACUGAAUACGGUUAUCGAGUCGGAUAGAAUAAUGGUUUUAGAUACGGGAAGAAUUCAAGAAUUCGACCAUCCAUACGCGCUGUUGAAAAACACAAACGGGGCCUUUUAUAAUCUGGUGAAAAAUACGGGAGAAAUGGGAAUGAAAGAAUUGUGCAGAAUUGCUAAAGACAGUUACUUUAAAAAAAUUUCUACUAAAACUAAAUUAUAAAAUAAUUUAUUAUUUUAUAAUUUACUUUUUUAUGAGACUGGUUUAUCAAGGAAUUGAGAUAAUUUUUUAAAUAGCAAUCAAAUUGUCUGGACAAAACACAGUUGAUACGCUAAUCUGGCAGUUUGUUACGUGUAAUUGUAUGAAAUUCUUAUUGUAAUAUCGUGUAAGAAAGACACUUUAUUCGUUUUGUGUAAAAAUUAAGGAAUAAAACA